AUGUCUCUUUCGGUCUCCUCUACAGAACGGCACAUUCGCGAGGAGCGACGCAAGCUAGCGUGCGAAGAAUGUCGACGACGGAAGCUCCGCUGCGAUGGCCAGCAGCCGCGAUGCGGAGUAUGCGUGGAGGCAGGCAUCAGCUGCAACGUUAAUCCGCAGCGAUCGGCGAGGGGUCCUAAGAAAGGUCUUCUCAGAUCUCUUCGAAUCCGGGCUGCGGAACUAGAACGUCGCCUUCAGGAGCACACAACCAGAUCUGCGUUCUACGACGACCAAACCAAUCGGAACAACAAUGCGGAUGCAAGUAUUCCUCCAGCGCGCGAAAAUUCUUCCACGGACACCCGCUCGCCCAACCAUCGCGCAACUCUGGUGCGCGAAAGACUUCCGGUAGAAAACCAAAGUCAAUGCACAGCCUUGUUGUCGGACCUAGUACAAGCAGAUCUCACUCAGCUAUAUUUCGAGCGAGUUCACCCCUCGACGCCCUUUAUUCAUAAACGAAAGUUCCUGUCUCAGUCCAUCCAGUUGAAACGCGAACAUUCUGGGGUCUGCCUACAGCUUGCUAUGUGGACACUUGCUGCAUCGAUAUCGCCGCAAUACCAACAUAUGCAUGAAGUGCUCUAUCAGCGCGCAAGGGAAGAACUCCAUCGCUUGGAGCUUGAAGGCUCUAGAGUGGACUCGGUCGAUGUGAAGGAAGCUCAAGCAUGGACAUUAAUUGCGAUCUACGAGUUUCUCCGUAUGCAUUACCGGCGGGGUUGGAUGAGCCUUGGACGUACAUGCCGGCUGGUCCAACUUCUAGGCCUCCACAAGAUUGACGGUGAAGAGCGACUGACGAACAGUGCUGGGACCAGGUGUAACGACACCGGUACUGAAGAACGGCGGAGGACAUUUUGGAUGGCGUUUUGUCUGGAUCGCCUAGUCAGCAUGCGAAACAACUGGCCGUUGGCAUUUAAUGAGCUUGUGAUCUGUACCCGACUUCCCGCGCCCGAGGAACAGUUCCAGGACUGCACAAGUAGUGUUGGCGGUUUCCUUUCCCAGGAGAUUGCUGAUCAAUCUAACCGGGACUUGCCUCCAUUUACCGCACUGAUUAUCUUUGUUACGAUCUGCGGCCGCUGUAUAUCGCAUGAACAACAAGCAGGGGUAGAGCUUGUCUAUGGCAACGGCUCUACCGGCUUUUGGGAUCGACAUCAAUGGCUCCGUUCUCUCUUAACUCGGAAUAUCGCGGCAUUAACGCGGGUCCCCAUAACUUCUCAAAAUACAUCAGAUCCUAUGCGUGUCUUUGCCCACAUGGUGGCACAUACGACACUUAUUUACCUUUACAAUAUCUCAAAAUCCUUACCAUCGGGAGGCAUCGAACCAGUGAUCAUGCCUGAUUUUGAACAAGAAGCAUUGGCGGCUGCUAUGGAAAUUGUUAAUUUAACUCGAGUUUUGGAUGAGCUCAGUAUUUUCAAGACUCACCCUCUUACACCCUAUCCAAUCCAUUUGGCUGCCGAGUUCUUUGCUCAGAAAAGAUCUCCGACGGAGUCCUUUGAGCCCCAAAUACGACAACUCCUCAAUGUCCUUCACAGUCUGAAGCCUGUGAGCGAACUUGCAAAUUACUAUGCACAAAUUACAACUCCUUCAAUUACAAAUAUGGAACCCUCUUAUUCAUAG